ACUUCGGGGCCGCUUGUUCCCACCCGCCCAGGACACAUCCUGCUUUCCUCGAUGGGGCCGAGGAGCCGGCACGCUCGGGACUCGGGCGAGAGCCAAUCAGCGCUGAGCUACCAGAGGGGCCUGUGCCCGGCGAGCCAAUAGACGGGGCCGUUAAUUGGCGCUGGCUGUGGUAGAGGCCUGACGGGGCCGCUGCUGCCCUCACAUCCCCCUGGAGAGCGUGGCAGGGCAGCUCGGCGCUGAGCGUCAGGCAUGGCGCCCGGGGCGGCGGCGAGGCGUUAAACCACGCUCUUCCCCGGCUGCAGCCGACGUCGCUCUGCGGCUCCCCGCGGCGGGCAGGGGAAGGCACGGGCGCUCUCUCGGAGGCAGUGACACACGCACGCCCCGCCUGCCUCCAGCAGUAGGGUGGGCUGAGGGGCGCGUUUGAUCCCCGACCCUCGCUCAGGACUCUGCGCUGCCGGCGGCGCCCGAGUCCGCGGACUCUACAGAGCCUUAAGCUGAGAGCCGCUUUCCCAGAGCUUCCCCGGCCCGGCCGGUACUGCUGGGCCUCGGCCGGGAUCUCCCGCGGGUGUCCGGGCCCGCCCGGAAGGGGCGGCGGCCCCGGCGAUGGCGGACGAGGCGCUGUUCCUGCUGCUGCACAGCGAGAUGGUGGCGGGGCUGUACCGCGCCGCCGAGCAGGGCGAAGGGGAGAACGGGCGCUGCACCACCAAGCUGGAGAGCAUGGGCUUCCGCGUCGGGCAGGGGCUCAUCGAGAGGUUUACAAAAGACACUGCCAGAUUCAAGGAUGAAUUAGAUAUUAUGAAGUUCAUUUGCAAAGACUUUUGGACAACGGUAUUCAAAAAACAAAUAGAUAACCUAAGGACUAAUCACCAGGGUAUUUAUGUCCUUCAAGACAAUAAAUUCCGUCUCUUGACACAAAUGUCUGCAGGAAAGCAGUAUUUAGAACAUGCACCAAAGUAUUUAGCAUUCACCUGUGGACUAAUCAGAGGAGGCCUAUCAAAUCUGGGAAUAAAGAGUAUUGUAACAGCUGAAGUUUCAUCAAUGCCUGCAUGUAAAUUUCAGGUGAUGAUACAGAAGAUGUAGAGCACGUUCAAAUCUGGGUAUCUACUUUAAAAAGCCUUUGUAUGUGGAUGCAGUAUCUUGGCUCAUUCUUGUAUAUAACAUGUAAAUUAUAGCAGUGUGCAGCACAAUUCCAAAAUAUAUAAUAAAUGCUCAUAGAAAUAACUUAA